AUGUCUGCGUCAGCAUGCGGUCCAUUUCCCAUUCACAAGACGUCCAAAAAAUUUGCAAUUUGGCGCUGCCGACUGACCAACCGGCACCGUGCCCCGCCAGAUCCACCUCUCUUUUCUGAGGGCGCUCUCCACAACGCACCCAUUUACCGCACCAUAAAUUCUCAUCCUCCGCAAUCCGCCGCCCCUCUCCCAACCGUCAUCUCACCAGUUGUCCAACCCACCAUCAUCAUGCCCUUCACCGUCUUCAUCCCUUCCCUCCCUCUCCCCGUCUCCCCGGGUCUCUCCCUGUCCGCCCGCCACUCCCGUCUCCCGCUGCGUCGCCGGCCGUGUCUGCGUACCGACGCCCUUCCCCGCCGUCCGCUCGUCCGCGCCUGCGCCCCGCCCCCGUGCCCGGCCGCCCCAACCCCCGACGACUGGCCGCUAGGGCCGCCGGGCUCACCCGCCCGUCUUGCUCCGCGUUUCUGGUUUAAGGGCCUUGGCGAUGACGUCCGCCGUCGCGCCCCGCUCUAUUUGCGCGACUGGACCGAUGGCCUUCGCCUCAAGUCUAUCCCGGCCGUCUUGUAUCUCUAUUUUGCUUGCCUCGCGCCUGUCGUCGCUUUUGGCGGUAUCACCUCUGUCCUGACGGCUGGUUCUAUGGGUGUCGUCGAGUUUUUGCUCUCGUCAGGUGCUACUGGCAUGCUGUACGCUGUCAUGUCGGGCCAACCGCUAACUUUUAUCGCCCCGACUGGCCUCACUUUGGCCUUCACCUGCGCACUCUACGGCUUCUGUCAGGUAGCCGCAGUACCGUUUCUGAGCACAUACGCGUGGGUUGGCGUCUGGGCUUCUCUCAUCCUCUUUGUCGCCUCUAUCACCAAUUUCAGUGAUCUCAUCAAAUAUUGCACUCGCUUCACCGAUGACGUUUUCAAUUCGCUCAUAGCCACCAAUUUUAUUUACGAGGCUGGCCGCGCACUCAUCGGUGCCUUUUUCGUAGUCGGCGCCGACAAGACCAACCCCUUCACCGCUCUCUCCCUCGCCCUCGGUACCUUUGCCCUCGGACGGUUUCUCACAGGCCUCCGCUCUUCUCGCUAUCUUGUCAAGCGUGCGCGAACUGUUUUAGCAGAUUUUGGACCCGUGCUUGCUAUUGCCAUCAUGAGCGCCGUCGCGGCUAUCCCGGCUGUCGCUAAAGUCGGGCUAGAGAGACUCUCCAUCCCAACUAAUUUCACUUUAGCAGGUGGCCGCAGCCUUCUCGUUCCCUUGCUGGCGACACCGGUCCCGGUGCGAUUAGCAGCCAUAGUGCCUGCUUUACUGCUUACAUGUCUAUUUUUCCUUGAUCAAAACAUAUCGGUACGAGUAGUCAACUCACCAUUACACCGUUUGCAAAAGGGGCCUGGAUAUCAUCUGGACAUGCUUGUACUGGCAAUAUGCACGUUUGUGUGCUCAAUAUUUGGACUACCGCUGAUGUGUGCAGGAACAGUGCAGUCGCUAGCGCAUGUUCAGGCAUUGGCACAAGUAGAGUCGCAAAACGGAAAGGAAACAAUCGUAUCGGUACAGGAGAACCGGCUGACUGCAUUCCUCAUCCACGCGGGCAUUCUGGGGUCUCUUUUCCUGCUACCGAUUGUGAAACGGAUUCCCAUGGCAGUAAUAAGCGGAUUAUUUUUGUUCCUGGGGCGCAACAUGAUGAAUGGCAACGACUUCCUCUCGCGCAUCCCUUACAUGGGGAUGGACCCCACGCUGUACCCAGAAGACUCUCCAAUGCGGAAAAGCGGAGUACCAGCACGACAAGUUCAUGCGUUCACGCUGCUACAAUUAGGAUGCUUGGCAAGCUUAUGGGCGCUGAAACUGAACAAGAAGACGAGCAUGUUCUUUCCUGCAGUUAUCGCGACGCUGAUGUUUAUUCGAUCGCGGAUGGCACCGCGGCUGUUCCCAGCGGGCACCCUUGACGCUCUUGAUGGGGAAAUUUUUGAUGCGACAGACGUGUCAAAUGAGGUGCACUCCCAGGACCACAAAUUGUCAACUGCUAAUUAA